UUAGGGAUCCAGACUCAUGCAUGGACUCCUAGUCCCUUCAUUGUCUCUAACCCAAGAUUGUCUUCCUGCAGCAGAAUAUUUUGGGGUAAAGCCUGUGCUAAUCUCCUGGUUAGAAGGAGGAGUCCUGGAGAGGCUGCCACAAAGCCUGUUUACUGCAGAUCUCAAGCCAGACAUCCAUCCUUGUCCCUUCUGUUCUCUCACCUUCUCCAGUCAGAACUUCCUCAAUCGUCACAUGAAACGAAGUCAUCCCUCUUGGAUCCUCCUGGGAACAUCUGCAAGAAGGCACCUUCAAUCAGAGAAUUCCUAUCCAUGUGAUCAGAACCAAUGGCAGGAACAUUCUGAUCUAUAUAAUGAUAAACCAAAGAAUGACAUACUUGAAAGUCAAAAGCACCAAGAAAGCUCCAUACAUUUGGCUAAUAGGCAUGAAAGAAUUUCAAUAGCCUUUUCUAAACUAUUUAGCAGUCAAAUUGAUAGCUGUCAUAAACAGAUGACAGUGGAGGAAGACAUUAACACAGACCUGAAAGGAAAUCCAAAGGACACAGGUGGAGUAGUUCCAGGGAUACACUUGCCAAUAAUUUUAAGAAACAAGUACGUAAGACCUGGGCAAGGCUUCAGUGAUGGAUCGAAUCUCAUCACACAUCAUAUGGCUCACACAGGGGAGAAAUUCCAUGUUUGUAAGGAGUGUGGGCGUGGCUUCAGUCACAGGUCAAGUCUUAUCACACACCAGAGAAAACACACAGGGGAGAAGCCUUAUGUUUGCAAGGAGUGUGGGCGGGGCUUCAGUUAUAGGAAAAGUAUCAUCACACACCAGAGGACACAUACAGGGGAGAAGCCCUACGUUUGCAAGGAGUGUGGACGAGGCUAUGCUCAGAGGUCACAUCUUAUCGAACACCAGCGCACACACACAGGGGAGAAGCCCUAUGUUUGCAAUGAGUGUGGGCGUGCCUUUAGUCUGAGGAAAUAUCUUAUUGCACACCAGAGCAUACACACAGGGGAGAAGCCCCAUGUUUGCAAGGAGUGUGGACGAGGCUUCGGUCAGAUGUCAAGUCUUAUUGCACACAAGAAAACUCACACAGGGGAGAAGCCCCAUGUUUGCAAGGAGUGUGGACAAGGCUUUGUUCGGAGGUCUUAUCUUAUUGCACAUCAGAAGACACACACAGGGGACAAUCCCCAUGUUUGCAAGGAGUGUGGGCGUGGCUUCCUUCUGAGGUCAAUCCUAAUCACACACCAGAGGACACACACAGGGGAGAAGCCCUAUGUUUGCAAGGAAUGUGGGCGUGCCUUCAGUCAGAUGGCAGGUCUCAUCAGACACCAGAGCGAACACACAGGGAAGAAGCCCCAUGUUUGCAAGCAGUGUGGACGAGACUUUUAUCGGAGGUCAUAUCUUAUUGCACACCAGAGGACACACACAGGGGAGAAGCCCCAUGUUUGCAAGGAGUGUGGACGGGGCUUUGUUGAUAGGUCAUAUCUUACUGUACACCAGAAGACACACACGGGGGAAAAGCCCCAUGUUUGCAAGGAGUGUGGGCGUAGAUUUGGUCUGAGGAAAUAUCUUAAAGUACACCAGAGGAUACACACAGGGGACAAGACCCAUGUUUGCAUGGAGUGUGGGCGUGGCUUCCUUCAGAGGUCAAUUCUAAUCACACACCAGAGGACACACACAGGGGAGAAGCCCCAUGUUUGCAAGGAGUGCGGCCGAGGCUUCAGUCAGAGGUCAGGUCUCAUCACACACCAAAGUAUACACACAGGGGAGAAGCCCCAUGUUUGUAAGGAGUGUGGGCGUGGCUUUAGGCUGAAGACAUAUCUUACUGCACACCAGGGGACACACACAGGGGAGAAACCCCAUGUUUGCAAGGAGUGUGGGCGUGGCUUCCUUAGGAGGUCUAUUCUAAUCACACACCAGAGGACACACACAGGGGAGAAGCCCCAUGUUUGCGAGGAGUGCGGCCGUGGCUACAGUCAGAGGCUGGGACCCCUCUACACCCGCGAAUAA